AUGAAGUCUUCCAUACUCUUUGCCGUCGUGGCAUCCCUCUUCACCAUCACCGAGGCUGCCUCGGGCUUCAAGGACUCCUAUGGCAGUUGGCAGAAGUCCCGCCUCGACCUGAACAAUUGCAUCAUCAACCGGGACCAGAUACUCUACGCGCAGCAGGAUGGUGGCUUUGGCAGCUCCGCCGGUAUCUGUACCAUCACCUUCGCCGGGCUAACCACCAUGGAAUGCUUCUUGUACGGCAGUUCCCCGAACCCCGGGCCUUUGGGAUAUAGUAAUGUUCUCGACCUCAAUGACUUCAUCGGAAACGAUAACGGUGUGCUCCGUUGCUUCGACCGCUGGGGAACCAAAGUCUAG